UCAUCAGCUCGCCCAAUAACCCAUGGCGUUCCACAAGGUGCAAUACUAGCACCACUUCUGUUUUGCAUCUAUAUUAAUGAUCUGCCAGGGAGCAUACAAUCGUGUAACCUUGAUUCAUACCUAGACGACUCAAAGCUUUACAAAUCAUUCUGCAUCUACGACUUGGAACAGACAUCUAUAAAUUUAGAGGCAGAUCUACAAAUAGCAGCCAAGUGGUGUUUGGAGCACCAAUUACUGAUCAAUCCAGAAAAAACUAAAUUCCUUGUAGUCGGUUCAAGACCCAUGCUGCAGAAUGUACCUACAGAAAUAUCGCUAACAUUUUUAGGAAAGACUGUAAGACCUGUUUUAUUAGCUAAAGAUUUGGGAAUCAAUUUGGAUUCGUACCUAUCCUACGACGACCACAUAUCUAAACUCGUUUCGUCGUGUAUGAGAAAACUAUGUCAAAUAAAUCGCGUGAAGGAUAGUUUCGAUAAUGAAACAUUAAAAUUGGUCAUUGAGACACUUGUAAUUAACAAGCUUCUGUACUGCUCUACGGUGUGGUCCAACACGUCAUCCAACAAUAUCAAUAAACUUCAAUCAGUGCAGAACUUCGCGUGCAGAGUUAUAUCAGGG